AGCGGAAGUGACACCAUCGGAAGCAGGAGGGCGGUUCCGGCAAGCCAAGGGGGCGUUGUCGGGAUGGUUCCGCGGCCGGCGGGUCUCUGCGAGCGCCUCUGAGGGCAGCUGCUGCAGGUGAAGAGUAGGCGGCGGGGCAGAGAGCGGCCUCCGAGGGUCACUUGAAUGGUUGAGCAUGGACCCUGUUGCUACCCACAGCUGCCAUCUCCUCCAGCAACUGCAUGAGCAGCGAAUCCAAGGCCUGCUUUGUGACUGUAUGUUGGUGGUAAAAGGAGUCUGCUUUAAAGCACAUAAGAAUGUCCUGGCAGCAUUCAGCCAGUAUUUUAGGAGCCUCUUUCAGAAUUCUUCAAGCCAGAAGAGUGAUGUUUUUCACUUGGAUGUUAAAAACGUCAGUGGCAUAGGGCAGAUCCUGGACUUCAUGUACACUUCUCAUCUAGAUCUUAACCAGGACAAUAUACAAGUGAUGCUGGACACAGCACAAUGUUUGCAAGUUCAAAAUGUUCUGAGUCUGUGUCACACAUUUUUAAAAUCAGCCACUGUAGUACAGCCACCUGGCAUGCCUUGUACCUUGUCUCUGCAAAGCACCCUGACCCCAGAUGCCACUUGUGUUAUCAGUGAAAACAACUACCCCCCUCAUUUACUGCAGGAAUGUUCGGCAGAUGCACAGCGUAAUAAAGUGUUGGAUGAAUCGCAUCCGCAUGCUUCACCAUCAGUUAAUCGUCAUCACUCCGCAGGUGAAGUCUCAAAACAAGCCCCUGAUACUUCAGACGGCAGCUGCACACAACUGCCUUUCAAACAGCCAAAUUACUAUUACAAACUCAGAAACUUUUACAGUAAGCAGUACCAUAAACACGCAGCUGGUCCCAGUCAGGAGCGAGUUGUUGAGCAGCCUUUUGCUUUCAGCACCUCCACAGACCUUACCACGGCAGACAGCCAGCCUUGUGCUGUCAGUCAUUCCGAAUGCAUCCUGGAGUCUCCUGAGCACUUACCUUCCAACUUCCUGGCCCAGCCUGUGAAUGACUCUGCCCCACACCCUGAGUCAGACGCCACGUGCCAACAACCUGCCAAGCAGAUGAGGCUCAAAAAAGCCAUUCAUCUGAAGAAACUCAAUUUCCUAAAGUCACAGAAAUCCGCAGAGCAAGUAUCUGAACGCAAGUCAGAUGAUGGUUUGACAAAGAGGAUGGAAUCUGCUAGUGAAAAUAUCCUAGAGAAAGCUAGCAGCCAAAGUGCUGAAGAAAAAGAAAGUGAAGAAGUCGUCAGUUGUGAGAAUUUUAAUUGCCUUAGUGAGACGGAGAGGCACGAAGACCCAGCUGCACUGGAAGACCAGUCCCAGACACUUCAGUCCCAGAGACAAUAUGCGUGUGAAUUAUGCAGGAAACCUUUUAAACACCCAAGCAACUUGGAGCUUCACAAACGGUCUCAUACAGGUGAGAAACCUUUUGAAUGUAACAUUUGUGGGAAACAUUUCUCUCAGGCAGGUAACUUGCAGACUCACUUACGACGGCAUUCUGGUGAAAAACCAUACAUCUGCGAGAUCUGUGGAAAGAGGUUUGCAGCCUCUGGCGACGUCCAACGUCACAUUAUUAUUCACUCAGGAGAAAAACCACACUUGUGUGACAUCUGUGGUCGAGGGUUUAGUAACUUCAGUAAUUUGAAGGAGCACAAAAAGACACACACGGCUGAUAAAGUCUUCACCUGUGAUGAGUGUGGAAAGUCUUUUAAUAUGCAAAGGAAGUUAGUAAAGCACAGAAUUCGGCACACGGGGGAGCGGCCUUACAGCUGCUCUGCCUGCGGAAAAUGUUUUGGGGGGUCAGGUGACCUCCGCAGGCAUGUCCGCACUCACACUGGGGAGAAGCCGUACACGUGUGAGAUCUGUAACAAGUGCUUUACCCGCUCCGCAGUGCUCCGGCGGCACAAGAAGAUGCAUUGCAAAGCUGGUGAUGAGAGCCCAGACGUGCUGGAGGAGCUCAGCCAAGCUAUCGAGACCUCCGACCUCGAGAAAUCUCAGAGCUCAGACUCUUUCUCCCAAGACACGUCCGUGACGUUGAUGCCAGUGGCAGUUAAACUCCCCAUCCACCCAGUGGAAAAUUCUGUGGCGGAAUUUGAUAGCCACUCUGGUGGCUCCUAUUGUAAGUUACGGUCCAUGAUCCAACCUCAUGGAGUUAGUGACCAGGAGAAGCUGAGUUUGGAUCCUGGUAAACUUGCCAAGCCCCAGAUGCAGCAGACACAGCCUCAGACCUAUGCUUACUCGGAUGUGGACACCCCAGCCGGUGGCGAGCCGCUGCAGGCCGAUGGCAUGGCCAUGAUCCGCUCCUCUCUGGCUGCUUUGGACAACCACUGCGGUGACCCCCUGGGCAGUCGAGCAUCUUCCACCGCUUAUAGGAACUCAGAGGGCCAGUUUUUCUCCAGCAUGACUCUCUGGGGGCUAGCGAUGAAGACGCUGCAGAAUGAAAACGAGUUAGACCAGUGAUGUACCACGCUUCUCCACAGUAGAGCAGGCUCAACGGCCUCCACGGGAAGGAGAUGUGCCCGUGGUGCUGUCGCUAGAAUAUCAAGGUGAGACUGUGGAUGUGGCACGUCACAGUGAUCUGCUUAUAGCACCGCCUCCACGGAGGACUGUGUGGAGAGCAUCCUCGAAUACUCAUGAGCAGCGCUAACUCAGAAGUACAAGAUAAACGAGAGACCAGUGACGAGGAGAGGAUUUUCAUAGAAAAACAGCACAGUUGCAGAGUAGGGCAUCAGCUCUGAAGUCCAUUACAGGUGCAUUUCCUGGUUUCCCAACCAUCAGCUGCACUGCGCUCCUGCCAGGCUGGCUCAGUGAGCAUCUGUUGUCCCCGUUGCACACAUGGAGUGAACUUGGAACACAGUGGCCGCACGUGAAUGUGGAUCUUCCUCCUUCCUCCCCGUGUCCUCUCCUCUCGUGGCCUCCUCUGGCUCCUCCCUCAUCCCAACUCCUGUAGCUCUUCAGCCUCGCAGCACCUACAGCCCAUCCAUCCCCUUGGCUGUCCCUGUGGACCCUCCUCCGCCAUGGUUCACCCGCCAAUCCCUUUAUCCAUUUCACCUGGUGAACCUCUAGUGCUACACAGAGGUAGCCCAGCCAGGCUGGUGAGCAACAGCCAUUCUCCAGUUUCUACAGCUCUCCUGAGCCCCCACCCUAUCCUACAAUCCCCUCUCCUUGAUCCAGGCCACAUGCUACCCUAGACGCUUGUGUCACAUCUUCUCAGACCUCUGCAGCUUGCCUGUCGUGCUUAUGGCCUUGCUUCCUGUUUCUCUCAGAACCUAGAAACAAAUAGGGGCCAGGCAUGGUGGCUCACGCCUGUAAUCCCAACAGGUUGGGAGACUGAGGCAGGUGGGUCACU